GCUCCGCGGGCAGCCCCGCCCAGGCCCCCCCCCGGUCGGCGGCGGGGCCAGUGGGCGGGGGCCGGGCGGAGCGGGGCUCAGGGCUCUGCUCGGCUCGGCACAGCGCGGCUCCGCUCCUGUCUCCCGCCAUGGCAUCCAAGUGCCCCAAGUGCGACAAGACCGUGUACUUCGCUGAGAAGGUGUCCUCCUUGGGCAAGGACUGGCACAAGUUCUGCCUGAAGUGUGAGCGCUGCAACAAGACCCUGACCCCAGGCGGGCACGCUGAGCAUGAUGGGAAGCCCUUCUGCCACAAGCCCUGCUAUGCCACACUGUUUGGCCCCAAAGGGGUGAACAUUGGUGGUGCUGGGUCCUACAUCUAUGAGAAGCCGCAGAUCGAGGGGCAGACUGCGCCGGGACCCAUCGAGCACCCAGUGAAGGUGGAGGAGAGGAAGGUGAAUGCUGCACCUCCCAAGGGACCCAGCAAAGCUUCCAGUGUCACCACUUUCACUGGGGAGCCCAACAUGUGCCCACGCUGCGGCAAGAGAGUCUACUUUGCUGAGAAGGUGACUUCCCUGGGGAAGGACUGGCACCGUCCCUGCCUACGCUGUGAGCGCUGCAGCAAGACCCUGACCCCAGGGGGCCAUGCCGAGCAUGAUGGACAGCCGUACUGCCACAAGCCCUGCUACGGGAUCCUCUUUGGGCCAAAGGGUGAGUGCCUGGGGACAUGUGGGAUAGGGACCUUGCUGCUCCUGUGCAGAGGGGAUGUCUCCUUGGAGCGUGCCACCCUUCUGUUCAGGUCCUCAAACUCCUGCAUCUCCCCCUGUGCAGGUGUGAACACCGGCGGUGUGGGAAGCUACAUCUACGACAAAGACCCCGAGGCGAAGAACCAGCCCUAGACAGCGUCCCCCUGCCCACUGCCUGCUCUGUGCCCCUGUACUAACCUCCUGCUCGCAGCCGGAGCAGACCCUCUCCAGGCUGGCCACAGAGCUGUGCUCUCUGCUGUCUCUACUCGGGGCAGGACAGCCCUGCCCCCUGGGUUAUAUAUCAUAGUCUCUAAUAUAAGCUUCAGUGUUUAAAGGUAGAAGGUAUCUCUGAUGGGUCCCAAUGCGCUCUGCCUUCCUCAGCCUUCCCACCAGUCCCUGAGUGCAGGAGGCAGUGAGGGUGUGUGGGAAUGUCACCAUGUGCAGGGGAUGGUGGGUGGCACCUGAAGGGCUGAGAGUGGGAGAAGGUUGUGGCUGAAGUCCCACCAUGGGAGGGUGAUAGAGCAGGGAAGGUGUCCUGCAGCACUUGGGAAAGUUGGUGGUCAGGGCACCCAGUCCUGUUCCUUGCCAGCCGCUGGGGAAAUGCAUGUCGCUGAGGGCUCUGGUCCAUCUGGCAGUGCUGCCCUUCUCCUGGCACCUCCCAGGCUCCAGGCCCUGGUUCUCACUCUUUCUAGUGCCUGUCAGCAACCCCAGCUGCCACUGGGGUUGCAGGGUCUGGCACCUCCCUGCAUCCCUAUCCCUGCACCCCCAGGGCAUCCCUGUACGUCCACCCAGGCAGGUGCCCAACCUGCCCUGCCAGUUAGUUUGGGCUGGUGGCUCCCAGCCUGGUCCCAUGCUGGGGGAGAGCCCAUGCUGGAGGAGCACCUGGUGGCUGCAGCCCUGGGGCAGUGGGUUGCUCCCCACCUUCGGCGGGCAAAGCGCAUUGGGCUGGCGGCUUGGCAACGAGAUUCCUGCCUGCUCCACAGAGCUGGAGUUUUCUCAUUGUUGUUGUUUAUUUAUAAAGUUGUAACUGUGCCCCUUGCUUUGGAGAAUGACACGUGCCCCCUAUCUCACCCGUCCCCCCUGUGCACACCCAGCCCCACUGCUGCCCAGGAGGCUGGGGAGGGGGCUGGUGCAGGGAACCCACCAGGGCAUGAGCCCUGGGGUGCCAGCACCCUGCUCUCUCCAGCCUCCCUGUGCUGCCACGGGGCUGACUUUUGUUAUUUGCUGACAAUAAAGGUUUUGAGAGAUG